UUUGUUUUCAGCUCGUAGGAAUUUGAUGGUAAUUACUUUCCAUUAGCCGACCAUUGUGAUGCUAAGCAAAACUUUCAACUUUCGCUGCUUUUGGCACAACAUCACAACAAAAACGGACUGAUUGGCCAAGGCUCUGCUUCAUAGGUGGCAACACAUCAUAUUUUAUGGCACGGCAUUGUGUUGGCAGCUUCCAAAAGUGCCGUUGCUCGGAAUCGAAUCGAAUUGGGGAAACCAGUUCUCAGAGACAGGGGGCUGUCCGUAGUAUCGACUAUCUCCAAUACUGCCAGACCAUGUUCACCGGACCUGGGCGCACUGUGUUUUCACAUUCCUAGAACAUUGUUGAUCAUGAAUCGUCAAUGCAAAUUAGGUGGGGAGUGACCCAAAUGGAAUGGCCAUAAAAUUGGUUGAGAGGUCUGAAAUCGGUUUAGUCGUGGAUAGAGCCAACGCCUAAAAUAUGUAUUUGCAAGCAUGAGACUGUCACUGCUGCUGCUGCUAAUCCAGUUACUGGCCCUCAGGGUCAGAGGAACUCCUGCCAAACACUGGCGACGGGCCCCAGCCCAUGGGGUUUUUAAUGUGGAUCUCUAUGCGUACAACAAGCCCAGGAUGAACCUGGCAGGCCAUCAGUCUCGAUCGGGUCCGGCUCCGCCCAUGGGUCAACUGCUGGAGCAACUGUCCCAGCACAGUCGUCGAUCCGCCGUCCAGAAGUCCCACUAUAGAAAUCUCGAUGAUGCUGCAGAAGUUUAUUCGCAGUCCAGGUCGAAUGGAAUGGAGGAGCAGCACAAACAAGCGAACAAAACAAUAGAAUCCCAGAUCGUAAACAUGCAAUUAACGCCGCUGCAAAUGAAUUCAAGUCUCAGCAAAGCGCACGCACAUGAAAAUUUAUAUUCGAGCGAGUUCCAUGUGCAGAAUAUAGGGGCCAAGAAAAUUGUGCAAUUGAAUACCCUGUCGUCCAGCCAUGAACGUAAACCAGUCCGAGAACAAGUUAUGGGCCUGGAGCAGGAGGUACACCCAUUGAAAGUGGAACUGGCACUGCCACAGCUGCCCAUAGAGGAAGAGGAGGAAGGGGAACAGGUGAAUCAACACAAUGGGCCAGUAGAGUCCAACAGAACCAAUGAAGAACAAACUGCCUCCAGCUCGACGACAACGGAAGCCUCGGUAGAUUUGACAGCUCCUGCAAGGGAAUCCCUGGCCAGUGUGAAGAAAACACUAGCCGAGCCGGCGAGCCAGACAAUUAUCGAUAUGGUAUCGACAGGAACGCAGGAGAUUGUCAGCCAGCUGACAGCGGAGAAUGCCGAUGACAAGGACACAAUGGGUCAUCUGGUCUCCGAGCUGGUCCAUCAUUCCGGGAGGAACGAGACCGCUGCUAAGCGCACUCAACUGAAGCCCAAGCGAAAGCAAACAAAAAAAGGAACAGUAACAAGAACAAAAACAAAAACACCUAAUGAAAUUGAUACAAAGAUGACGGCAAGCCCAGCAGUCACUCUUGUUCCAGCUUCAACUUUUCACACUGCUCCAGCUCCGACACAUCUAAGUACAAGCUCAUCGAUUGACAAGCAGAAGCCAGUGAAGGAAUUGGAAACACAAUCACUGGAAAUCAGCAAUCGUCCUGUAAGAACCAAGGGCAAAGGCAAAGGCAAGGGUAAGCUACGUCCGGGUUCCCAGCGGCGUCCCUCGACCACUGGCAUGCAGGAGGAAAUUGAAACUACGACAAAUUGGUGGCAGAUACUCCCAUAUGCGGAAAUUAGAACAUUUUUGAAUACGAUUUAUGAUACAAUCACCGACAACGACAACGAUGACGAUGAACGAGCCACGGGCGCUGCUUAAUACCUACGGGGUGGGUAUCAGGGGAGCUAGUGUUUAUAGAGGGUCCUGCAGGAGGUCGAAUCGAAUUUCCGCCGGGGCCCGCAGACACUUUGGUUUAAAUUUGUUCACUGAUCAACUUACGAGUAUGUCUGAA